AUGGGUGCGGCUCCAUGCUUGGAACAUGUUUAUGGAGAGCUCAAAGCUUUUGCAAAGGAGAGCAACCUCAAUCUGCACCUGAACCAACUCACCCGAAAGAUCAUCUCCUGGGGCAGCCAUGCUGACUACCCGUCGGGGAGCUGGUUCAAGGGUGCCGACACUGUCGUAAUAAACAAGUUCCUAGAAGCUAAGUUCACAGCUUUGUUGGGAUCACACGACUUUGGCAACAAUGUGGGCUAUAUCCAACAAGUUGAUCAGUGCUUGCGAGAUGCUAAUGACUUUAUGACAUCGCUCUACAGGGCCGGGCUUUUUAUCACCCUGAAACGCUUGAAGCAUCUGGUUCGUGUGGGCCAAAGCAUGGUCAAGGGCUACUCGCAGUGUGCAAACCUGGCAUUUCGGAGCAACCUCGCCAGGUUCAAGUUCAACCCAAAGUACCACAUGCUUUGCCACAUUAUUUAUUCUCUGACACAAGAGCUCGCUGCUCGCAGGAGUAAGUCCGAAGACCGUCGCAAUUCGAACCCUGGAGCUUUACAGGCUAGCUGUUGGUGA